CCGUCCUCCUCCAGUGACAAGAAUUCGUUUCCCAGAAAAGCUAAUGUCCAUAUUCGAGUAAUUUGUAUAUUUGCUUGGAAAAAACUUGUGAAUCGUCCUCUCCGCCCUGCUUGCAACCUGGUUAGACUCUUGUUUUACACUGAUAAACCAGCCUUCAAGUUGAAGUAUAUUCAAGAGCAAGAUGCCUGUGCUAUCUCUUCCAAUUCCUGUCCCAUUUGCUAGUCAAGUGUCACAAAUAAUAUGCUUUCCCAUCAGGAUUCCCUUCCCUGCAAUGAGGAUUGGGUCAAUUUUACCCUCUUCUGCCAGCAGUGCGCUAAAAGAAUCUCUCUUGGCCCUAUUCAAUUUGGCAUGGGCCAACAAAAUUCAGCUCCCCGUACUAAUAACUGUUUGCUUCCUGGCCUUGGACAUCAGACUUCAGUUGGAAAUCAACAUAUUUUGGGAACCUCCACGUAACGUUCACAGACCACCACGGGACCGAGGAGAUCGAGGUCAUAACCUCCAUGGACAGCGAAAUAAUGAAGUGCAUCCUUCACUUGUCGCUGCCAAUCUAGUACAUCGCGAACGGCAACUUCGCGCCCAGGAAAGAGUGAGAAGAACAAGGGAUUUCGUUAUGAGAGAAACUCCCAACUCAAGACUGUCCACGCAACCUCUCGCAGCAUCAACCCCAAUUAGCGAUGAGAAUAAUGGGGAAUCAGAUUACUCGCCGGAUGAAAGAGAACACGCUUCUUCAACAAAUGUUGCAGUUGUUCGCAGGAAGCGAAGAAAGUUGUUAAAGAAGAAGGAAGUUAAAGUUCCCGUAAAUUUAUUAUUAUCCGAUACGGAAGAAAUCACUACUGACGAUGAAAAUACAGACGAAGAAGAUAACGACAGUAACGAAGAUACAGAGUUAAGUAGUGAUGAUGAAAACGAUGAUGAUGACGACGACGACGACAAUGAGGGUGGUGCUCGUCCUGGCCCUGCGUUUGGAGGAUUUAAUGAUGAUGAUCACCACGACUUCUUUGGGGAUCAUGAUGGAGAUGACUAUAACGAAAGUGAUGAUGACACGUCGGGCACACCGCUCGUCGUCGAACUUGAAAUUCGACAAAGACCAGUAUUCAACAAUUUUUGUACUGAAAUUCUUACCCAGGGAGGAAUCGCAUCUUCCAAUUUGUUCAAAUACGAAAUUAUGCGUGGUAUGACGUCUACCACCAAUGUGACAACAACCUCAUCUUCGUAAUCAUUUUAAAAACAUCCCGAUAAGAAAGAUCCUAUAUUUUGUUCAUUUAUUUAUUUUAUGUGAUGUUAAUUACACAUGUACAUAUACAUACUUUCGCAAAUAAUCCUUCCUUUAAUUACUCUGUACGCUUGCUAGUCAUUCUUUUUGUGACUAACUAACAUAUACCUUUUAAUUCAGCUGAAUAUCAGUGAUUCGUAUAUUUUUUGAAUAACAAUUAAUCCUUCGUAAUUUUUAAACCAUCCAUCCCUAAAUAGUUUCUUACUUAUUGUAAUUCUGCACGAAUAGUUUCAAAAUGUAACAGGCUGUGAAUGAAAUACGUAUACACUGGUAUAAAAUUAUAUUGUGUAUUAAUCAGUCAAAAGCAAAUUAAUUAUGGUGCAUCGUGUUCAGAAAGUUUUUAACUAUGUAACUAAAGUAUUUUGAGAUAUAUAUACGUAUAGAUCGAUUAUUUGUCAACCCACUCAUCAAUUAUAUGUGGUAUGUAGAGAGUAGUAACUUAUACGUAAUAUGUAGUCGUACCAAUUUCAUCAAUCAAUCAACUAUUCAAUAAAACUACAUCCAUACAAACGAAA